GUCUAGUUCGUCUAAUAACGUUCGUUCGACGACGCUUCUGUCGAGAUCGGAGAUAUCCCGCUUACUUACUGAGUCGCAGUCGUCACGAGGUCGUCACGAGAUCUUCCCUCCUUCGAUAAAACACAACAGCAACACACUGACCGACCGAGAUCGCGUCGUGACGUUGGCAAGUGAGCGUCAGUUACACUGAUUGUGAUCUAAUAAGUGGGGCCCUGUAUGAGGUCGACGUCUUCGCCACAGUUUGAGCUAAAACGGCCAUCAGAGCGUCACUCGCUGCUCGUUACAACAUCUCUCAUCAUUCUAUCAAAGGCAGCCAACCUAUUUCUCUCGAUUUGGUCCACGUUCUGUUGUAUAAUGCACUACAAUUUUCCUGAUCUACAAGAAGCGACUGAUAACUUCAAUGCCACGCCUAUCACUAAGGGCGGGAACAAACUGGGUGAAGGAGGAUUCGGGCCGGUGUUCAAGGGAAGACUGCGGGAGACCGAGGUCGCCAUCAAGCUGCUUAAACCGAGAGAGAAGAGCGAUUCGUUCAUGGUGAUGGGCAAGGAACAGUUUGUUACCGAAAUCGAAGUUCUUGCUCAAUUUCGACAUCCGAACUUGAUUACCUUAAUGGGGUACUCGUGUAAUGGCCCCUGCCCUUGUCUCAUUUACGAGUUUAUGGAUAACGGAACGUUGGAGGAUAAACUCGAUCCAAAGGUCGAGCGGAAGAAGCUCACGUGGUCGAUGCGUUUGAGCAUCAUGAACGACGCGGCGAGAGGCAUCGUGUAUCUUCAUACAGCCAAUCGACUGCGACCAUUCAUACAUCGAGAUAUCAAGAGCGCCAAUGUUUUACUCGACAGCAGCAUGAAGGCAAAAGUCGGCGACUUCGGGUUGGUGAGAUCGAGUGCCCCACAAGCCGGUCAGAAAACGACCAAUGUCAUGGGUACAUCCGGGUAUCUAGCACCCGAGUAUCUCCGCGGCGAAAUCACAAUUAAAUUGGAUACAUACAGUUUCGGUGUCGUGGUGUUCGAAGUGCUCACUGGUCUCGCUCCGUUCGAUCCGCGACGUAAGGAGAGGAGAGAUCUGAUUAGCUACUUGGAGGACAAACUGGACGAUCCGGCAAAGCUCAUGCGCUUUGUUGACAAACUGCUGAUUGAGUAUCCAUGGAAUCAAGCGCUUGAAUUCGCCCGAAUAGCAGCUCUGUGUGUCGAGCCGAGAUCCUCAAAGAGACCUACAAUGGAAGAGGUCUACAAAUUGCUGAAAAAUGUUCCGUUCAUUGGGACCGAAGAGUACGAGAGAUCACAGCAGUUCGAUGCCGGUGUGCGAGAUAUUCAUAGAAAAGUUGAAAGCAACGAAGAGAUUAUCAAAAGUGCAGAGAAACGGAGGGAAAAGAUUAUGAGACCAGGACAUCUCGUUGCCAAACCGGUUAAACGGGAUGAUGCAACUAUGAUGUCACUUCCAGGAAACUAUCCAAUGUCACACAAACUUUCCCAUCAGUCUCUACCACCACGAAUGCAGAGAGCAGCGAGAGACAUGCUUGUACCACGUGGCGGGUUACCAGGGGAAGUAGUUUCGGAUGGAUCAAGUGAAUUCGACAAGAAAGAAUCAGAAGACAGUAAUAACGCGCUUGGUCCACUUAAGGUGCUCCUGGCAGACACUCAGCCACAUGAUAUUGAUUCAGCAGCAGGAUUUCCGUAUCAUUCAUUAGACAGUAGACACACAUGACUGUGUACCUUGUGUUGAUAAUUUUCUACAUAUAUUGUUAUAAUACUUUAAACGCUGAUUUUUGCGUUUACUUAGCUAAUGAAUAGAUGUAGCAUCAGGACAAUGGACCACUUGUAUUAUCCUAACAUUUCUUGAUGUCUGAAUGAUGUUUUUGCUAUGUAAAAUUGAAACGAUAUUUGUAUGCAUUAAUUAUGUAUUAC